CUCGGCUUCGUUCACUGAUUCCUUCAUUCCACUUUAUUCAAUCCAAAUCCAUUCAAUUCUAAACAAUCGUUAAUUGUUAUAUAAAAUAAAUGUGACUACAAAAGUGGAUUGGAUUUAAAGCGAAUUCAACUCAACACACAAAAACUAUCGAGUUUUGCCAAAAGCUGUGAUAAUCUAUCUACAUGAUGGCACCACAGCCACUGGAACAAGGAUUAGCGGCGGGCUAUUUGCCGCAAGGAACCGAAGGAAGUCCUCGCAUGAACACCAUAUCCUUGGCUGUCCUCAUAGACUUCAUCAUACAGAGAACCUAUCAUGAUCUGACAGUUUUGGCUGAAUUGCUUCCCCGCAAGUCCGAUAUGGAACGUAAAAUAGAGAUAUACAACUUUGCUGCCCGAACACGUCAGCUGUUUAUACGACUCAUCGCUUUGGUCAAAUGGGCUAACUCGGUGUCCAAAGUGGAUAAAUCUGCUAAUAUUAUGAGCUUUUUAGAUAAGCAAAAUAUGCUGUUUGUUGAAACUGCGGAUAUGCUGGCCCGCAUGUCCCGUGAGACUCUGGUAAGAGCGUGUUUGCCAAAUUUUCACAUACCUGCCGCCGUAGAGGUGUUAACCAAAGGCACCUACAAUCGCCUACCCACCUGUAUCAGAGAACGUAUAGUACCACCAGAUCCCAUUACUAUACAAGAAAAGCGACAGACACUGCUGCGUCUCAACCAAGUGAUACAACACCGCCUGGUAACGGGAAAGCUUAUGCCUCAACUAAGAGAGUUUAAGAUAAGAAACGGUCGUGUCACAUUUGAGGUGAAGCAUGAAUUUAAAGUUUCCUUGACGGUGAUGGGCGAUAGCCCAACAGUACCAUGGCGUCUACUGGACAUUGAUGUGUUGGUGGAAGACAAAGAGACAGGAGAUGGCAAAGCUUUGGUUCAUCCACUUCAGGUUAAUUACAUCCAUCAACUGAUACAAGCGCGUCUCGUGGAGAACCCAAAUGCUCUUAGUGAAGUUUACAACUGCCUGCACUACUUCUGUCAAUCGCUGCAGCUUGAGGUUCUAUACACUCAAACGUUGCGUCUUAGCUAUGAGCGUUUGGAUGACAACAUACAAGUUGAGGAGUACAUACCGGGUGUGAAGAUAACGGUAUCUUAUUGGCGUGAACUGACAAGCAAGGAUCCAAAAUCCGAGUUGGGCUAUCGCUUGACGGUACAGUCAGAUCCAAAUGAAAUUGGACGUCCUUUGGCCGUGGUCCAUAUUCCUUCUCUGGGAGCUAAGGAAUCAGCAGAAGUUGCUGAUCGAGCAGUGCGUUCUGACCAUUUGUCCAUGGAGCGGUUGAUCGUGCACACUGUCUAUAUACGUUCUGUCUCCCGUUUAUCUGAUUUAAAAUUGGAAUUUCAAGCAUUCCUCAAAGACGUUGAUUGUGAGUUUAAUCUGCAAGGUACGCCAGCUAUCCUAACAGUGCCGGUUUUGACUCCUUGCCUACGUGCCGAACAAAUUCACAUAACAAUUGAUACGCACACUGGUAUGCUGCGCUGCCAUGUACCCAAGCAUUUGGAUUGUCCCAUUAUACCAGAAAUGCAGGCCUGUCUCAAUGGCGACCGCAACAAGCUGCCGCAUAUAAUGUCAGAAUUGCGAUAUUGGAUAACACAUAGACGUUGCGAAAAGACUUUGCAGCAUUUACCUGCCACCGCCACGGAAACAUUACCAUUUCUGAAGGCGCCAGACAAUCCAUUACUGCAAGCUGGUAGACAUAAAAUCUUUGUAAAAUUACACCGGCAUCCAAGUGUUAUAUUGGUUGUCCAAUUAAAAGAAAAACCCAACACGCCCAAUGAAAUGGAGUACACAUUCCAUUUAGGCUUUGUUGCCUUUCAGACAAAGGAAAAUGAUUCGACAGCGGACGAAUCGCCGCAGCAACUUGUGCCGGUGCAAGCUCCGCCCAGUCAGCAGGGUGCAGGGUCAACGCCAAAUGCCGAAGUGCCAAGAGUUUACACAAAACUUUUAAAAUUAAUUGAAUUUGAUACAUUUGUUUCGACCCAUGGCCCGGGAACUGAUGUUGAUGAUACGCCGCCUCAUAAGCGAAAGUCUAUCAAUGAACAUGGUGCGCCUGCGGCGAAGCAAGCAAAAACCAUAUAUCCGGCUUAUUUUAUACCAGAAUUGGCUCAUGUUGUAGCAAUGUGUGACGAAAAGAUACCCUUCCUAAAUUUAGCUCAAGCAUUGACAAAACACAAUAUUCCGCAUAGUGGAUUACAGGUGGAGUCCAAUGCCACAUCCCUGGUAUUGAAAAUUCUAGCACUGCCCAAGCCGGGCCCUUCGGGAGAAGAUAACAAGCAGCAGCCGCAUAUACCAAAUAUGCCCACAAUUGAGCCGCACGUAUGGAAGGAUCUGAUGAAACGUCUUCUCUCCAUAUCCAUUCGUUCACAAAUGAACAAAAACAAUCAAAUACGCGUUUGGGUCGUUGAGUUUGUAUUCUUUAGCACACCAUUGCAAAGUACCCACGCAAAGGAGCAGGGUAAUCGCAGAACCGUCUAUCUUACAUAUGAGCAAAUAAAUCAUGACUUUUCGAAAACAGUAGACGAUCUUUUGAAGGACUGGUCGAAAAUAGUCUAUCUUUAUACUCUGGCAUACAAUUUCUCCGAACACAUAAAAAACAAACGUCUUAAUAUCUCUGAUAUGAUAAGCAUAAAUUCAUACAACUACAUUAAUCUGCUGUUGGGCUAUGGACCCAAGAAAGAAGUAAUCUGUAACAUUUACUGGUCCGCCCAAUCUCAUGGUUUCCGUCUGAUUUUCAUGGGCGGCAUAACCACAGUGAAUUCACACUCGAUGAUGCGUGAUCAAUUGACCACUCAUUUGAACAGCCAGCAUAGCUUGGCACAGCUGGUGUGUAUUCUACACGAGACCUAUAACCCUUUGUCGUCGAUAGCAAAACUGCCCAUAAUUCCGCAUCUAGGAAUUCCGCGACCACUUGUUCCAGUGUUAUCGUUUUGCAUUCUGCCGCAGUCUCCAUGCCUUAUACGUUUGGCCUAUCAGGCUAUGUUCUGCUUGGAAAUACGAUUCAGAUCCGGCCGUUUGGUUUCGAUACGAGAUGGUGCCUUUAGUCGUUUUGACCGCAAUCUGAUUGACGAGUUUACUCCUAUACAGGGGUUAAAGGGUUUCCUCUCGAAAUAUGUUGAUGAAAACGCGGUUUAUCGCGGCCGAUCGCAAAGUGAAGACGACAAUCCUCCCUCCCCGUUGGGAAUGGAAGAUAAUUUUGGCGGACCAGGCAGCGUUCCAGGAGGUGGGACUGGGGGAUCAUCACCUUUUCUCAGUGCUGGCAUGAGAGGUCCCCAAUCGCCCAGGGACAGUGGUUUACGGUUUCCGGCGCCACACACUCCACCUUCUAGCUCAAAUCCCCACACACCAGCUAGUCCACAUCCAGGAAGCGGCACGUCGACGGGAGCUGGGAGUGGACAAAACCAUCCAAAUUAUAAUUUAACAUCGCCACCGGGACCUCAUAUGCCUCAUCCAUCACCAAGUGGUCUAAUGCCCUCCUCGCCAUUGAAUCCCCAACCAAGUCCUCAUAUGGUUCACAGUCCAGGGCCCAAUGCAGGGUCAUUGUAUAUGCAGGGUCAUCAAGAUUCGCCGUUUGCAGCGAUGUCGCCUGCCAAUAGUAAUUGGCCCGGAUCACCAAGUAUGCCAAGGCCCUCGCCUAGACCAGGGCAGAGCCCCGAUCACAAAUCAAGUCAAUCGGGGAAUACGGGGUCCAAUUCCGCAGGCUGUAACUCGGGCAAUCCACAAGGUAUGAACCGAAUGCCCCAGGCCAAUAGAUCAUGGGCUGGAGCCAUACCAACCGUAUUGACGCAUGAGAAACUUGACUUACUCUGCCGUCCCAGUCCCCAUCCUAAUAAAGAGAUUGGCGCUACCCCUGAUAUAAGUCCGUUGGAACGUUUUCUCGGUUGUGUUUACAUGAGGCGUCAGCUACAUCGAAACAUACAGAACGAUGAUACACUUCAAGUUCUUAACUCAAAUGAACCUGGAGUGGUUCUCUUUAAAGUGGACGGCCUUCAGUGUCAAGUGACUCUCAAUCAGAUCCAUAUGCAAUCGUUGCAUCUUAAAAUUGCCCCAUUACCACCACAACCCACGCAAGAUGGUAAGCAACCUUUCCAGCUGAGCCCAGACGAUCUCCUGGUGCUCGAACAAUUCUUCGACACGCGAGUGGUUGCGCCACCCUAUAGACCCAACUCAUUGCAUAGUUUCUGUAGGGUCUUAAGCUGUGCAACACAAGUUCUCAAAGAUUUUGUACAAAUAAUGCGUUUGGAAAUGAAGCCGGAUCUGGGCGGAGAACAAUUCAAAUGGACUGUACAGUUUUGUACGCGUGUUCCACCGUCGGCGGCACCUAUUGUUCCAAUUGGCAGCCCCGGCGUGCUUAUAGUGCGCUUGAAAAUACUAUUCUUUUUGCAAGUUACCCGGAUACCAUAUAAUGGCAAAGAAUGGAAAGAUAGCCCCUCAUUAGUCCUGCCUAUGGUGUACGAUCUUAGUUCGAAUUUGACCCAAUUGGCCGAGAAACGUGAACAAGUACAGUCACCGGCAGCUCAAACGGCUAGUUCAUUGUUAAGGCGAUUUUCCGAGUGUGCAGUACAUGGACAAUGUUCAUUGUUUCCAGCUGUCAGGGACCUCUUGAUUAAUCUUCAGUUGCCCAAUGAUGUACCACCACCGAAUCAGUUGAUCGGUCCGCCAGUUGGUCCCAUGGUGGGUUCUAGUCCGAAUCCCAUGAUGCACUCGCCUAUGCAACAGAUGGGAGGUCCUGUGGGGCCGCCUCACGUCGGGCCCGGUUAUCAACAAAUGCCCCAGAAUCCAGGUCCUCAGUGAUGAAGGCGUAAACGCCGCUCCGCAGCCAAUUUAAAUGUGUGAUACAGCACUAGCGGCUAGCUGAUGAACAAA